AGUGCAGCUAAAAAGAACAGAUCACAAAGAUGUCUACCGUGAUGCUUGCACGUCGUGUUUUGUUCCAACAAAUACCCGAAUUUGUUGGUUUAACAGGAAUGGUGCUGAAUCAAGUGCCGAGGAGGUAUAAAACGAAAUUCUUAAACUUGCCAAAACCGGGCAUCGACGGCAAAAGUUACCGAAGAAUCGUCCAUUUCAAAGAUGAAUAUACGGUGGAGCCGUUGCAGGUUACGAAUUUAGCUGGCAGGGAUCCCGUCACAGGUAGAGUAAUAGCUAAGGGUAUCGGCGGCGGUAUAAAGCACAAAUACCACUGGAUCAAAUGGGUGAGGGACGGGCCGAAGGACCUGGAUGAGCCGCCCCAGGAGGAGAAGGUCCUCGAGGUCUUCAAGGAUGGCUGUAGGACGGCCUUCGUCGCGUUGAUCGGCGUCGGUCGCGAGCUGAAGUACAUCUUGGCCACGGAGAACAUGAAGCCGGGCGACAUAUUGCGCACCCACCAUGGAAUACCGCGUAAUUUCGUGCGGCCGUCGGAGGGCGACGCCUAUCCUCUCGGCGCUCUGCCCAUCGGGACUAUAGUGAACUGCGUGGAGAUGUACCCAGGAUUCGGCGGCACCCUGAUUCACACAGCCGGCAGCUAUGGAAAGUUGAUAAAGCGCGAAGACGACCGUGUGAUCGUCCAGAUACCUAGCAAGAGACAGUUCAGCCUGCAUGAGACUUGCAUGGCCACGGUCGGCCGAUUGUCGAACGUCAUACACAGCUCCACGCAGAUCGGCAGCGCCCAGAAGAACCGUGAAUUGGGGAACCGGCCGAGAAGCGGUCUCUGGCAACGCAAGACCGGUAGAUUCGGCCGGAAGAUUAAGCCGCCUAAACCCGUGAGGAGGAUCGACCCAAUGGAACCUUCCGUUUACGAGAACUUCAAGUUCACCUCGACACGUUAUGAUUCAUGAGUCGUCCGGCGAACACGUGAUAAUCAUAUUACGAUAAGGGAAGAUAUUCCGUAAUAAAGACUCAUUACAUUGUUCGGAA